UAAAGUCGGUGCCCGAUGACAUAGAAAUGGGUUGGUUCGGGGAUGUCUUCCCUACAAAACUAAGUUUUGUAGUGUUUAUAUCGUAUAUGGCACUUUUUAUUAACCAAGCAAUCCUGGUGACAGCAUCGAAGACGUCUAGUAACACCUAUAAGUACAACACAGUGACGGUGGUUCUCCUUACUGAGUGUGUCAAGCUGGUGACGUCCCUCAUCCUGUACCUCAAGGACCAUUCCUGUGCUACACUGAAGGCCGACAUCAUCAAAUAUAGACAGGUUUUAGGACUGUACUUCGUGCCAGCGUUUCUCUACUGUUUGUACAACAACCUUCAGUUUGUGAACCUCGCUGCCUAUGACCCAACCACAUACUACCUGCUCCUACAGUUCAGAGUUGUCAUCACAGGGGUUUUCUUCCAGAUUCUAUUCCGUAAACAGCUGAGCCGAAUACAAUGGGCGUCUCUCAUUCUCCUCACAUGUGGAUGCAUUAUAAAGGAACUAAACCAUCACGGCAGCGGCACCAAAACCGGUUCCACGGAAUCUCCCAGCACAGUAGGCACAUCGUUCCUCAACUUUGACAAACUGUUGGACAUUCACCUGCUGUUCAUCAUGCUACAGGUGUUCUGUUCCGUGUUUGCUGGGGUGUAUAACGAAUACUUACUCAAGGACAAAGGCUGUGAUGUGCAUCUUAUGAUGCAGAACAUUUUCAUGUAUGUAGACUCUAUCAUAUGCAACAUCUUUGUGCUCGGUUUCCAUGGAGACCUAGCAAGUGUUUUUUCAGUCGCCGAUGUGAUGGCCAUUUUUUCACGGCCAGGUGUUAUAGCAAUUGUGUUCAAUGCUGCGGCUUGUGGCAUCGUCACAAGUUUGUUUCUUCGAUCAUUGAAUUGUAUUUUGAAAACAUUUGCAAGUGCCUUAGAAAUCAUGUUCACUGCUAUUUUAUGUUGGUUUAUUUUCAACAUUCCGGUCGAUGCAUACACGGUGGCAGCUAUAUUUGUAGUAAGUGCUGCCAUCUAUCUUUACGCUCAGAAUCCAAUCGUAAAUAAAGCAAAGAAUGAGGUAACUGAGGAACCAAGCAAGACUGAGAAAAGUAGAGAAACUGUUUAGAUUGUUGGAUUACUGUUUUUAUUUUCAUAUUGAUCAAGAUUGAUCACUUUAAUAUCAGGGCUCCCAAUAAUCAUGAUUAUCACUAUUUUGUUUACUGUAUUUCUUCACAUUUUAUGUGAUUUCUCAUGUUUAUAUUUCAGUUCAAAAACUUAUUAAAAUUUAAUAAUAGAUAAUAGUUUUGAAACUUGAUGACAUGGAUGUGAAAAGAUAAUAUUUUUAUAUUUCUUCUUGUUCCAAAUUUGUUGUGGAUGAGAGUUAACAUAAUCUCAGGACAAAGUCUCAGAAAAUACAUAAUGAGUGCACAGUGUUUUAUUUUUCAUUUGCCAUGUUAGCGGUAAGUUAGCUGAACAUCUAUGAUCCUGCGGUCAUAGAUAUCCAAGUACAAGUACAGUCGAACCUCCUUGUCUCGGACUCAGAUGUGUCAAAUCCCUACUUGUGUCAAACUCACAGUCCAUUUCGGCAAACUCUUUCAAUUUGUAUCACUAUUUUAACCCGGAUGUGUCAAAUCCCCGGUUGUGUCAAACUCACAGUCCAUAUCGGCAAACUCUUUCUAUAUGUAUGACUAUUUUAACCAGGAUUUGUCAAAUUCUCGGUUGUGUCGAGCUCACAGUACAUUUCAGCAAACUCUUUCUAUAUGUAUGACUAUUUUAACCAAGGUUUGUCAAAUCCCUGGUUGUGUUGAACUCACAGUACAUUUCGGCAAACGCUUUCUAUAUGUAUCACUAUUUUAACCAGUGUCAAACCCAGACCGCGCAAUUGCGCGAUCCACGCUAAAAAAAAUCAAAUCGCCCCUAAAAAAACCUCAAAGCGCGAUCUGUCGCGCACAGUAAUUUCUUGUACAGUCACUUACUUUAUCAGUUGUUUAUCCCUACCUUUAGAUUCAAUACUCACUAAUGCUUUUAUCAAUUACCGAAGAAAGACAGUUCACAGCAAACAUUGUAAACAACUGUUGAAAACCAAUCGAUAAUAACCAGAAGUUCAAACAAGAGUUAUACGUCCCUUGGGUUGCUGAAUAAAUUAUCGACAGGAUUUGCAUAGGAAACGAAAUUUAAUUUACCGGUACUUUAGUAGAAAGUGUAUCAAAACUUUGAUCAAAAUUAUGUUGUAUUUUGUUGUUUAGUAAUCAAAAACCUUUGACAAGAUGUUAAAAGACAAAUAAAUAUUCUAUAUUGAAUAGUUCUAGAAGUAUUUUUGAGCAUUUUAGUUCGUUUUAGUUUCGUUUCUGAAAUCACACAAUAUGAAUCGCAGACUGUCAUUGCAGACGAUCUUUUGAUAGUGAAAAUGUCUCGCCAAAACAAAAACAUUACAGACUUUUUUAAUCAAAAUAGAUGUUCUAAAAAAGACAAUGAUGAAACCACAGUCACUGUAAUGACUUCUCAAACUGAAGGGGAAAUCGAUCCCGGUCCUAGUGAUUCUAAAAAGCAGUUCUUUGUUCUGAUCUGUUACACUUUUAUAUGAUGAUGUUCCAGUACAUAAUACAAAAUAAGACAUUUUUGAAGAAAGCAGUUAUCCCCCCUACUUUUUCAAAAUCCUCCCUAUUUUCUACAUGAUGGGGGGACAAGUCUCCCUUGAAUUUCAAUUCUGGGUUGGACACUGUUUUAACCAGGAUUUGUCAAAUCCCCCGAGUGUGUCGAACUCACAGUACAUUUCGGCAAACGCUUUCUAUAUGUAUCACUAUUUUAACUCAUAUGUGUCAAAUCCCGGGUUGUGUCAAACUCACAGUCUAUUUCUGCAAACUCUUUCUAUAUGUAUGACUAUUUUAACCAGGGUUUGUCAAAUACCCGGAUGUGUCAAGCUCACAGUACAUUUCUGCUAACGCUUUCUAUAUGUAUGACUAUUUUAACCCGGAUUUGUCAAAUCCCUGGUUGUGUCGAACUCACAGUGCAUUUCUGCUAACGCUUUCUAUAAGUACCACUAUUUUACCCUGGAGGUGUUGAACUGGAUGUUUCCAAUUCCUAAUUGUCUUGAACUCAAUAUAUUGUCCCUAGAGUUAAAAUUGAUUUAAAACUUACCCUUAUACAUCAAACUCAAUUUAUUUUCAAAACAAAGAAUUUGUAUUAAGUAUAAUGGUCAAGUAUAAUGGACGAUGUAGACAAUACCCACGUUCGACGAAUAGUGAUCACGUGAUCGUCAUUAUUAUACAAAUGUUAUUAACAUAAUGUGCACAAUGUGAUCCUUUUCUGUCUGUUGUCUGAUGGCCUAGUCAGAUGGUAGUAAGGUUGAGUCGGAUGUGUCAAACCCAAGAUAUGCCUAACUAUUUGUCAGGUCCCAGAAGUUCAGGACAACGGGGUUUGACUUCAUAUGCAUAAUUUUUGGUAUGAUAUGUUCCAAGCAUGGAUUGCCAUGUGGUUUAAAACAUCAUCAGGUCUAUAUGUUCAUGAUGUUGGUGGACUGAUCUAAGGCACCCAUGUACAGUUGCUCCCCUUUGUCAUGGGUUCAAAUCCCAGAUUGUGUACGCAUCCUACCUGUGCUAGUGGUGUACAAGGUAUCACUCUGGCAUCACUCUGGCAACACAACAGUGAUGCAGUUAUGUAACUGAUACCCUUUUCAAAGUGUUAAACCCAACUUGCUCUGUUCUCAGCGAGGUAUGACGGUAUUGACAAGCUAAAAUAUCGAAUAAUUGGCAUGCAAUUCAUUUGAGAUAAUGAUAUAUAUUGAAACUAUUGACAUGGUUACUAAUAAUCAUCAUCAUUAGUGCAACCGGGCGAGAUGAUAAAUACGUUCUGUCAAAUUAUACUGUUACAUGUAUUAUUAUAUUUCAUACUCAUUUUUAUUCCAACUCUAUAAAGAAAUAGAAUUUAGGAACAUAAAUUCAGUCACACCAUACUGUGUUUUAAUUUUAUAUUGAUUAGAAGUUUGAAUCAUAUGUUUUUUAUGUGAUUAGAAGUUUGACAAUAUGCUUGCCUUACCAAGUGAUGGAUUCAUAGUUUCAUAUUCAACCUCAGCAUGUUCAGUAAACACACGUGUGAUGCAUGUUUGUUCAUGUACAUGUUCACUGAAAACAUUCCUGGACUUCGUUUACAUUCAGAUGGAUGCCCAUGCAUAAUUGCACUUUAAAGAGGCAUCUGUGGGAUGUGUUUUAUGUCUUCGGUAACCAUGUCACUAUAUGUUGGACGGGCAAAAAACAGCAUUGAUAACUGGUAGUAUCAUUUGUUAGUAGUUCGGUAUUGUUCAGUUAUUAUAAGGUCGGGAAGGGCAGGUCAACAAUGCAAGUAGAAGGAGAGGGUGGGAACAUUUUAUAUAUUGUAUUGAAGAUAAAAUAUUCAUCUAUAAAUGAAAUUAUUUAUAUUUGGCUUUAAUAAAUGAAUUAUUAGGCUUUCAUCUGAGCCUGCCUCUCUACAGUACCAAAGACACUGCCUCACAUAAUCUUAUUUUCCUGCAGACAAAAUUAUCACAUGGUGGCCUUCUUCCUUACUUAUGACAAACAUUCAUGCUUAUUGGAAAAACAUCUGUCAACAGUUGGUACACAGAUGCUUUGGACAGUUUGUUUAAAAAAAACAAACACCUGGUGUGCAAUGUCUGCCCUAAACAUCAGAAACCACGGAACUGAUGAGACUGAAACUGUACAUACUUGUUUCCACAAACCUCCUAAUUUCUUCUUGUGGAAUGAAUCCGAAUGUCCAUAUGCCCGCCACAGUAGCUAUAGUGAAAAACUUCUUUCUGGCCAUUUCUCAGCCGUUUUUGACUGAAUGAAAUUUCGUGUGUGUACUUAGUAGCGGAGCUCAACAGAUAUGUUCCGUUUUUUACGACAUGACCUUUAUUUGACCUUUGUACUUCGCCGUACUGAAAGCUGAAACCUCUAGUUUACUGAAUGUUUUGUUUCAAAAUGUUAUAAUGAUUAUUGAUGUGUAAUAGGUAGUGGGCCUCAAAUAUUUUUUUUUUCACGACAAUACCUUUAUUUGACAUUUGCACUUCGCCAAUGCUGAAACUUCUUGUGGCCAUAACUCAACCUUUUGUUUCAAAAUGUAAUAAUAUUUGAUUUAUGUGUAGUUAGUAGUUGGGCUCAAAACGUUCCGGAUUUGUUUCUGAUACAUUAUAAAUUUUGACCUUCAUUGGACCAUGUUGACCUUGACACUUUGUCCAUGCUCCUAAAUUCUCUCAAAAUGCAUUUCCUCACACUGUAACAGCUUUCCUCACACUGUAACAGCUUUCCUUACACUGUAACAGUUUCCCUCAAAAACCGCAGAACCAUUAAUGACUCCUGAAUUUGAUCAACAUGUUCGAAUACGAUUUUCAGUAUGGCUAUUUAAAAAACUAUUUAUGGCGGAUGAUCCACAGUUUCUGCUCAAAAUGUACUGUAAUAUUAAAUUCCCUCAAAAUACAGUGUUUUUCUUUAUACACAUCUCCGAAGUUGCUAGACUGAGGAAGCUUUUCUUUGGCAUGUAUUGUUCUCCUUAUGAUAAAAUCAUAUUUUGUUCAAAUCUUUAGGAUUUUUGUGUGUGAAACAUUUAAACAAACUGGAUGGUAUUAGACUCAUUAUUCUCCUUCAAAGGUUUAUGAGGCACGGAGUUGAAACGUUGUGUAAAGUAACUUGAAUCUGUUGUGUAUCCAUCCCUCUGAGGUACCAUCCCACAGUGUACCAUGGAUACCCACAGUACACUGACCUGGAUCUGGAACUGACCAGUCCUUGUUUUAGCCUCUUAAUGCCAAAUGACAGGCAGGGUAACAACAAUAACUAUCUUUUAAGUGAGUGAGUAUGGUUUUACGCCGCUUAUAGCAAUAUUCCAGCAAUAUCUUCACGGGGGGCACCAGAUCUUUUAAAGUCUUUUAGAAGGACACUGCUGGGGAUGGAACCACCAACGUUCGCUCUCCAGUGAAGACUUAGAAACAUUAUGGAUAGUUAGUUACUUGUUUCAUAUUUGUAAAUACUUUGGCCUUCAGUAUUUAUGCAGAAAACAUUUGAGUAGCAAUGCUCUAUUUUAAGUAGCUGUUGACAACACAUCCAGGCAGGCACUAUUUUCAGUAUUUAGAUGAAAAUCUAAUAAUUAGUUAUUGUGCCAUUUCAUGUUAUUAUUAUGCAAAUAGGCUUUGCCAAUAUUGUUCAACAAGAAGCGACAUACCUAAGGGGACUAUUGUUUAUGGAUGAAAAUUUACUAGCCAAAACUCAUCUCCCUAACACACUCAGCCCUGAAACCAACACACAGUCUUGCAGGCUCGAUUUCCUCUCUAGCCUUGGGAUUGUAAUCAGAAUAAAGUGCCUUCAUCAUGUUCCUACUUGUUCAUUGAUAUUUAACACACCUUGCAUAUUAGGUACCAGUAUCACUAUUGUGUUGUUAUCCUGUUACAGAGUGUUCACAUUGUGUUACACUAUGUCCAUGUAUAUUGUUGUUGACAGGGGUCUUACCGGUAUAUUGACUUGAUAUAAGCUAGGUUCACAACAAACUGCCUGGCUGUUUACUAUUUGCUUCCAAGACAUUUGUGUUGACAGUAUUAGCAUCUUCCAUUGACACUGGCCAUCAGGCAAGUUGUCCUAUUUUAUUACUGAUGGAAAGACAGCUUUUUGCAAUGUUGAUUUUGUUAAGAAUUUCCAAUUAUGUGUGCAGUUCUGUUGAUUUAAUCUUUUCUUUUGUAAAGUGGCUUUUUUUUGUAGUUAGACGAAAACAAUAUACCAUAUAUUGCUGUGUACAAGGUGAUUUUUUCGUACCUAGAAUUACGGGGCUUUCAUUGGGGGGGAGGGUCUUCUUAUACACAGGGUUAAAGGGGCACUGAUCUAACGCAA